UCUGCUGGACCUUUCCUUAUGUUCUCUACCGCAUUUGAGCAAACAGGUAGCCGGCAACCAGACAAGCGAUGAGACGAGAAGAAGAAGAAGAAGCAGCCGCAGCAGCCAUGAAAAAAGAAGAAGAAGAAGAAGAGAGCGUGCCUGUCGUCUCGGCUUCCCCCAGCUUCCGGGCGCCCUUCGCCGCCUUCUAUGAGUCACGGCCGCUGCCGGGGGAUGGCGGAUCGAAGGACGUCGCCGUUGACGACGACUUUGAGUUCGUAGUCAAGGACCCCGAUGCCCGCCAGGGCCUCGCCGCCGAGGAGAUCUACUCCGGCCGCCAGAUCCGCUCCCCCAUCUACCCUGUCUUCGGCCGCGCCGCCCCUGCCCUCGAAGACGGGGAACGUCUCGAGUCGCAGGUGGAUGAGGAGACCGAAGCGGUGCAAGGUACUCUCCUGCAGCUCUUAAUGGAGGACCGGGCGGAGAAUCCCGGCCUCGCCUCGUCGUCGUCUUCGUAUUCCGCUUCUUCGGGGAUGGAUGAGCUGGAGGGGAUCCCGCCGGCGAGCUACUGCGUGUGGACCCCGAGCCCGUCGGCGUCCCCGUCGCCGACACGCUGCAAGAAGAGCAGCUCCACGGGGUCGUCGCUGCGGUGGCGGCUGCGGGAUCUGGUGGUCGGACGGAGCCAGAGCGACGGGAAGGAGAAGUUUGUGUUCCUCGCCGCGGAGGAGAAGAAGGGGAGGGGAAGUCCUAGCCGCGAAACCAAGCGUCGCGAGGCGGUGGGCAAGCAGGAGAGGACCGAUGCGGGGGCGAAGAGCGUGAAGGCGGGAACGGACCUAACCACGGCGCAUCGGGUUUAUUACGGGAAAGGCGUACCGGCGGCGAGCGGUGCCGGCCGGCGAUCGUUCCUUCCGUACAAGCGGGAUUUGCUAGGCUUCUUCGCUAAUGUGAACGGGAUUACCCGGACGCACCAUCCUUUUUAAUUAUUUUUAUAUGUUUUUCGGUGUUAAUUUAAUUUUUAUAAUUUAAUUAUAUUUGAGUCUAACAACUUACGAUGCGGAAUUGGUUGUCCAA